UACUCACUUGGGCUGAUCGAGAGUUAGGGAGAAGAUUCAGUGGAGAGACGUGGAUGUGUGUCUACGAGAGAGAGAGUGAGAGAGAGAAAAGGAACGGAGGAUUUAGGGAAUGUAGGAAGAGAACAGGUGAUUCAAAUUCGUGUUGCUUGCUGCAUCCUCUUACAGCUCCAUCGUUUUUUUUAUUAACUUCGUUGCAUCUUUAGACCACCACCCCCCCUCCAAAAAAAACGUGGAAUGGCAAUUGGUGCAGAGGAAGAGCCAGCAUUUAAAGAAAACUGGAUUUAAAGCGGCGAGGAGGGGGGCAAAAAAAAAUGCGAAGCUCCUGCAGUUCCAUCUACUGUCUGCUGUACCCUCUCAACUUCUCUCGCCGUGCAAACUGUCGCAACAGUGGGAUAUUCGCAAACUACGGCCGGCUCGGUUUGCUGAGAUUACGCUUUUAAACCCCCCCCCCCCCCCCCCUUCUCCGUUUUAUUGCACGAUGAUGGUUUUCACGCGGUUGAACCGUACCGAGGAGAUUCUGCAGGCUGCUUUCUCCGGCCGGGAACUGCAUGCGUCCUCCGACAGUUUUGUGCACCGUGCGUUGUAAAUAUUGCACCGAGCAGGCGAAGGGCACAGAGAGAGAGAGAGAGGGUGGGGGAGGUUGGUGGGGUUGGGAAGAGAAGAAGGAAAAAAAAAGACACAAUCUGCGAUGCCUGGUCUUACUUCUCCAUGAAGAAUUUUUUUUUAAAAAAAGCAAAGUAACUUGCAGCAUCGAUGGAUUGUUAUAGAGUGAAAUUUUGUUUUCCAGCAACGCUAGAGAGAGAGGGAUAAGAGGGGGUUGUUUUUUUUUGUGUGUGUCUUUCUUUUUGUAUGGAUUGUGUGUGACCCAAGUGUUGCCCCUUGUUUGUUGCCGGCGCAAUGAUGGAGCUGCGGGAUUUCUACCUGCUGUUCGCCCUGUUCGCCUGCCUGACGGUGGACUCUGCCCUGGCUCAGGAGCUGGUCUACACCAUCCAGGAGGAGCUGCCGGAGAACAUCCUGAUCGGCAGCAUCCCGCGGGACCUGAACAUCUCGGCUGGCGGGGGAGCGGACCUCAUCUACCGCCUGGUGUCCAAGGCGGGCGAGGUGCCGCUGCUGCGGGUCUCCAGCGGCACCGGGGACAUCUACACCGGCUCGCAGCGGGUGGACCGGGAGAAGCUGUGCCCGGGAGGAGGAGGAGGAGGCGGCGAGGGUGAGCCGGGCGAGUGCUCCUUCGAGAUCGAGGUGGUGAUCCUGCCCAACGACCACUUCAGGCUGGUCAAGGUGAAGCUGGUGGUGCGCGACGUGAACGACAACGCGCCCAUGUUCCCCUCGCCGGUGAUCAACAUCUCCAUCCCGGAGAACACGCUGCCCAACAGCCGCUUCCCGGUGCCGUCCGCCAGCGACCCGGACGCCGGCGCCAACGGGGUGCAGCGCUACCAGCUGCUGGACGGGCAGAGCGUCCUCGGCCUGGACGUGGUGGAGAGCCCCGAGGGCGAGAAGUGGCCGCAGCUGGUGGUGCAGCGGGGCUUGGACCGGGAGCAAAAGGACACCUACGUGAUGAAGAUCAAGGUGGAGGACGGCGGGGUGCCCGCCAAGUCCAGCACCGCCAUCCUGCAGGUGACCGUCAGCGAUGUCAACGACAACCGCCCGGUGUUCCGGGAGAGCCAGCUGGAGGUGCAGUUGCCCGAGGACUCGCCGCCGGGCACCUCGGUCAUCCAGCUGCACGCCACCGACGCGGACGUGGGCUCCAACGCCGAGCUGCGGUACCUGUUCAGCGCGCAGACCCCGGCGGCGGUGCGGCGCUCCUUCGCGCUGGACCCGAGCCUGGGGCUCAUCACCGUGCAGCGCCCGCUCGACCGGGAGGACGUCUCGCUGCACAAGAUGACCGUGCUGGCCACCGACGGCAGCUCCAGCCCCGCCCGCGCUACCGUCACCGUCAAUGUCACCGAUGUCAACGACAACCCGCCCGCCAUCGACAUCCGCUACAUCAUCAGCCCGGUGAACGGCACCGUGCCCCUGUCCGAGAAGGACCCGGUCAACACCAAGAUCGCCCUCAUCACCGUCUCCGACCGGGACACCGACGUCAACGGCAAGGUGGUCUGCUACAUCGAGAAGGAGGUCCCCUUCCACCUCAAGGCAGUCUACGACAACCAGUACCUGCUGGAGACCUCCUCCUUCCUGGACUACGAGGGCACCAACCAGUAUGCCUUCAGGAUCGUGGCGUCGGACGCGGGCAAACCCAGCCUGAACCAGAGCGCCCUGGUCCGGGUGAGGCUGGAGGACGAGAACGACAACCCGCCGGUCUUCAGCCAGCCCGUCAUCGAGCUGGCGGUGCCCGAGAACAACCACCGCGGCCUCUACCUGACCACCAUCAGCGCCACGGACGAGGACAGCGGCAAGAACGCCGAGAUCGUCUACCAGCUGGGGCCCAACGCCUCCUUCUUCGACCUGGACCGCAAGACGGGCGUCCUCACCGCCUCACGGGUCUUCGACCGGGAGGAGCAGGAGCGUUACAUUUUCACGGUGACCGCCAGGGACAGCGGCAACCCCCCGCUGCAGAGCCAAGCUGCCGUGAUCGUCACGGUGCUGGACGAGAACGACAAUAACCCCAAGUUCACUCAUAACCACUUCCAGUUCUUUGUGUCUGAGAACUUACCAAAGUACAGCACUGUGGGAGUGAUUACUGUCACCGACCUGGAUGCAGGGGCCAACGCAGAGGUGAUGGCUUCUGUCGUCGGAGACAAUGCGAAUUUCAUUCUAGACCCACUGAGUGGUGUGAUAAGGUCCAACGUCUCUUUUGACAGAGAGCAGCAAAGCUCCUACACUUUUGAAGUUAAAGCUGUAGACAGGGGGAGACCAGUCCGCACUUCCAUUGCUAAAGUCACAAUCAAUGUCAUCGAUGUCAAUGAUAACAGUCCUGUUGUAAUCUAUCCACCCUCCAACUCUUCAUUCAAACUAGUACCCCUGUCUGCUAUACCUGGUUCCGUGGUGGCAGAAGUAUUUGCUGUGGAUGUUGAUACAGGUAUGAAUGCUGAGCUCAAAUACAGCAUUGUAAGCGGAAAUAACAAGGGUUUGUUUCGAAUUGACCCUAUGACUGGUAAUAUUACUUUGGAGGAGAAACCAACUGCUAUCGACCAGGGCUUGCACCGUUUGGUUGUGAACAUCAGCGAUCUAGGCUAUCCGAAACCCUUGCACACCCUUGUGCUCGUCUACUUGUAUGUAAAUGACACUGUAAACAAUGCUAGUUACGUCUAUGAGUUAAUACGGAGGACAAUGGAGACUCCACUAGAUAAGAACAUUGGAGAUGGCACCCAGCCCUGGCAAAAUGAGGAUUACCUUACCAUAAUGAUCGCCAUAGUGGCGGGAGCCAUGGUGGUGAUAGUGGUCAUCUUUGUUACAAUAUUGGUGCGGUGCCGGCAGUCCUCAAGGUUCAAGGCUACGCAAAGGAACAAACAGGGUGCUGAAUGGAUGUCUCCUAAUCAGGAGUGUAAGCAGAACAAAAAGAAGAAAAGGAAGAAAAGAAAAUCUCCGAAGAGUUCUCUUCUAAACUUUGUUACCAUCGAGGAAUCCAAACCUGAUGAUCCUGCCCAUGAGCCCAUCAAUGGAACCAUUACCCUUCCAGCUGAGCUGGAAGAGCAGACGAUAGGACGGUUUGACUGGGGCAGCACACCACCAACUACAUUUAAGCCCAACAGCCCAGACCUAGCAAGGCAUUACAAAUCUGGCUCUCCGCAGCCCUCUUUUCAUCUGAAGCCAGACACCCCUAUUUCUGCGAAAAAGCAUCACGUGAUUCAGGAGCUCCCUUUGGACAACACCUUCGUUGGGGGUUGUGACACCCUGUCGAAGCGCUCUUCCACUAGUUCAGACCACUUCAGUGCCUCGGAGUGUAGCUCCCAAGGAGGCUUCAAGACAAAGGGCCCAUUGCACACCAGACAGAAUUCCGCACAGUAUUCCCAAAAGUAUGAGAUGGAAACUUAUUAUGGUUAAAACUGAGCAAAAGUCUGUUCUGAAAGGGGUUAAGAUGGCUCUCAUCCGACGCUUGCCCAUCUUGAAAUUCACCAAGUACACAGUUAAAGUGUCGGAGAAAUUCAUGACCAGUAUGUUGAAAAGAUAUCUGUAAACAUAGUGUACAUGCCUUGGCUUCAUCUGUAAUUGGAAUGUUGCCUCUCUAAACAGAGAUUUAUCCAGUGAAUGUGAUAAUGGGAACAGCUGCUCACGUUUAAGAUUAUGGGACGUGGUUAAUUGGGACAUGUCUUUAUAGGGGACGUCCUUGAGACAAUGAAUUGAUGCCUACACUGUUUAAAUCAAUACCCCUGAUUUUGUUGUCAGGAAAAAUGAUGUGGGAACUGAAAUCACUCAUUCUUCUGCCAAGAUGUUUCUCUUGAAGAUGCAGCACCUCUAGCAUCAAUGCAGAACUGUAUCAAUAUUACCAUGGCCUUGGUGAAUACAGUAACUUGCUUGAUGAAUAGUCGAAAUAUACAACUCCGUUAUGCAAUUGGAUGUGUUUCUGAAUAUGCUGGUGUAACAUUAUCCACUGGGUUUGCCAAGUAUUUUAUUUGCACAUGCAGCCUUUGCUGAAACAUUAUGGGCGAGUGUUCAACUGCUGUUCUCGUAAAAAUAAAGCCAAGGAAGAGCAAACAUCCUUUUUAAAAUCUGCUCUUCAUAGAGUAAGGGUGUUCUCUAAAUCAUAUUAAUCAGUGAUUCUGUUCAUAACAGAACCAUAGGAUUGUGGGAGGAUUAAUGGAGCUCAGCAGGAACGUACCCAAGGAGAAGAUCUAAGCAACAGCUUCUCAGCUCUGCUUGAGCAGGGAAAAAUGAAACUGGCCGCCAAUCCUUGCUCUUGGGUAUUCUAAGCCAGUUUUUCUCUCUUAAGCUGAGUCACACUGAGUGGCUGGAAAUAUUUUACCGAAGUGCUUAUCAGUAAUCAAGCACUACACAUUUUGCAGCAUCUGAAAGCACUGGUCUUUUGGGACCCACUGAGAAGGGUCAGAUAGCCAUGUCAGUGUUGGAAAGGGCGAAUCUAUAAAUAUUAUUAUGCAGUAUUCACAGACUUUGGCUUGAAUCACAAUGUAUAUUUAAAUAUAUCUGAUUAUUAUACACAUGUAUUUAUUUUAUUGCUGUUUUUACCAUUAUUAUAUUUAAAACUGUAUGCACAUAUUGUGGUUGCAGAUUUCUGUACUAAAUAAAGUAUAG